CCCUCCCCACCCAAAAUGUGCGUCAUCAGCCUGCGCCAGGACCGGGCGGUCACGUGUCCCGUGUUUAUCUCGGUUCGGCGGGUCGCGCGCGCGACCUCGUCGCUCUGGGCCGCGCGCACCUGCUGUUGCUACUGCCGGCGGCGGCUCCGACGCCGUGACUCCCCGCUGGGAAGCGAGCGAGCGGCCCCACGGGGAGGGGCGCGGCUGGGAGACGGGACCCUGCCCCGCCAGCUUACAAUGUCAUUACCGGCAAAGAGAUGUGGUAGACCCCCUGUACUGUCCUGCUUGGAAAAGAAAAAGAGGAAGCAAAGUCUCGAUAGAAGAAGAGGGAAAACAAGAAUCUAUGUGGGAAAUCAUAUUGAUAGAUGGUUGACACUUAAGGAAAAAUUGGAUUUCAGAAAUGAUGCAGAAGUCGCAGGAUUUUUACUAGAUUUAUAUGACAACUAUGACCCAUUGUCAAAAGCAUCAAUAUGUUCCCUGCCUGAAGAUGUGAGAAGAAUUACAGUGAAAGGGGAAAGAGAGUUGCCAGAUGACACUUCUUUAAUAGCAGCGGAUGGAACGUAUGACAAUGAUGACCAGUUGUCUAAAGAAUCUACUUGUUCUGGACCCGAAGAUGUAAGAAUCAUAACUGUGAAAGAAGAGAGGGAUUUGCCUGAUGACUGUUCAACUGAGACUGAUGACACAUUAACUAACUGGAGGUUCUGAAAGUGAGUCCUCUUGUGAUUCAGAAGAAUGUUUGGAAAAACUGAGUGAAUUGCAAAAUCAGUAAAGUGGAUACAUUCAAGUACAUUCAAGUUGGCAUCUUAUUCUGACAACAGAACUUCAGUUUGCUUUAGAAAGCAGCAAGGAUCUAAGAUUGACUUUGUGAGAUUGAUAUAUCAUGGGCUGGCCAACAAGAAGAAUAUCAAGCGUUUACAUAAUGGUGCUGAGACAUUUUUGAUCCCUUCUGGUUUUGCUGUGAGGAUGUUAUUUAUUAUGGAGAACUUAUUGUAAGUUGUAGUAUAAAAUUCCAUGUUAAUUGUCAAGCAACAAAUUAAAAUUCAUUAACUGAAA